AUGUCAAAAACAAUUCUUGUUACAGGCGCUAAUUCUUUUAUCGGUACUUGGAUCGUCCAAGAUCUUCUUGAGAAAGGUUACAGCGUUCGCGGAACAGUACGAUCUCAAGCGAAAGAAGCCCAAGUUCUUGAUGGUGUUUCGAAGGAUUAUCACAGUAGAAUUUCGUUUGUACACAUUAAUGAUAUUACUACAGACUCAUUUGAUGAAGCUGUGAAAGGUGUUCAUGGCAUUAUUCACGUUGCUUCGCCAUUUCAUUUCAACGUCACAGAUCCAGAAAAAGAUCUAAUUUUGCCAGCUAUCAAUGGUACUCUUGGCGUUCUGAAAGCAGCUCACGCAUACAACCAAAACAAUGAUAAUACAAUAAAAAGAGUAGUUAUUACAUCAUCAUUUGCUUCGAUCUUUGAUCCAAGCAAAGGACUACGACCUGGCUAUUCAUAUACUGAGAAAGACUGGUCUCCAGUCACCUACGAGCAAGGAGCAGCUGCUAAAAAUGAACCAAUGACGGCUUAUCGUGCGUCAAAAGUAUGUGCUGAACGCGCUGCAUGGGACUUCAUUGAUAAGGAAAAACCUUCGUUUACAAUCGCAACCAUAUGUGAACCACUGGUCUUUGGACCACGCGCUGGUGGUUUCAGAUCACUGGAUGAUAUUAAUACUUCUAAUGCAUCAGUACGAGGACUGGUCACUAGCGGUAAAGAUGCUCCAAUGCUCGAAACACGAGUACCAUUCCAAGUAGAUGUAAGAGAUGUGGCUCACACACACACAGCAGCUCUAGAACGAUCAACUGAUACAAGCGAACGCUAUCUAAUAGCAGGAGGAACUUGGAGUUUUCAGGAAAUAGCGGAUCUCGUUCAUAGCAGUACCGUCAUUCCGGACAAUAUCAAGAAUUCUACGCCAGUUGGCAUCAAAGGUCAAUCACUUCCAGAUCAUUAUGAGAUUGAUAGUUCGAAGGCUCAAAAAGACUUGGGCAUUACAUAUAUUCCUUUGAAGAAAACGAUGGAAGAUUUAAUUGUGCAAUUAGCCGAUUUACAAACAAUGCUAGAACAAUCAUGA